GGCUGCGUAGUUGCAUUUGGAUUCGACAUUGGGCCAUCUUACCUGUGGCCCAUGUCUAUCGAAUUUGACGAAACGAGAAUCGAUCUCCCCUGACCACCAGGCUCCAACUGCAAACCGCGAGCAGGCGAAACGCGACAGCUCAGGUCUCAAUCCCCGACUUGGCCGCCGGCUGGUUUUUCCGAGAGAGGACGGAGGAAGGAACUACAGAAGGAAUAUGAGGUGGGGGUUGACCGGCGGUGGAAGCGCCGGCGGUUUGAUUAAGAAUGCGUUGGUUAGGUACUUCUCGAAAGAACGCGCCGUCAACGUGAGGAAGAUAAACCCUAAGGUCCCUUUCCCGGAAGCUUUUGCGAUAUCUGAGUCACUGUACAACAUCAUCAAGCAGAAUGGCCCCCUCACCGUCCCCAACACAUGGAACCUCGCUAAGGAAGCUAAUAUCAGUGGAUUGAACAGCAAAACACACAUGAAGAUCAUGCUUAAGUGGAUGAGGGGACGAAAGAUGUUGAAGCUGCUGUGCACCCAGGUUGGAUCCAACAAGAAGUUUAUGCACUGCACUCUACCUGAAGACCCACAGAGUGCUCCCGCUCCCAAUUCGCAUGGUUUGAGCCUCAGCACCGAGAAGCCCAUCAUCAGGAAGAAGAAAAGGAACCGCAUCUAGAUUGCAUUCGCAGCAGCUUGAGCAAUAGCCAUUUGUUCUCGUCGUUUGGAUGCAGAUGCUUUGCUCAUUGUUGGUUUGAACUGCUGCUCCCCAAAUUUGGCAGGGAAUGGCCAUGUCUACUCCUCCUUGGUGGUAAAUUGGUUGCAAAUUUCCCGCACUUACCAGUAGUUAUAAUGUAGGGCCGAUCUGUAUUGGGAUAUUUUGGUUAUGGGAGCAGUGUUUUUAGUUGGGGUUGGCUUGCUAGGCGAAUAUGACUGAUGUUUCAUGUUUUGUAUCCCGUCACCCUUUGGAGGAGGAGGGUUUUUACUUUUACUUAAUUAGUUACUAGAAGGGCAAAUGAAAAUAUUAGCCUAAAAAAGGAAGGGAAAAUAUGAGAUGCUGUCUAGUUUAUCAGCUAACUUUCCUUUUUCCUGGUCGCAAGACUUUACAUCGUCGGAUCAUGCAUUGAGUGUUCUACGACUGUCAGAUAGAUGCGGUGACAUUUUAUUCGUAAAAUAACUGCUUCAUUUAUUG